UAACGACUGUCAUUCCUCUGUAAGAAUGUCUGGGGGUGGAGUCUGCUGGAGCAGGCUGCAUAAAAGCCUGCAGGAUUUCCAGCUGCCUCAGCCUGCAAGCAGCAUGAACUGCAGCCUGCCACACCGGGUGCUGCUCGGCUCUCCGAUGGAGGGGCAGCAGGACAGGUUGUGCCUGCAGCCUCUCUGGGACUUCGUCACCGCAAAGGAGCCGUUGAUCAGGUCACCAUUUUUUCCAGUGCUGUUUUCUUUUACAGCAUACAUGGCUUUCUGUCUUCCAUAUGUUGCGCUGGACUUUUUAAGCAUUAGACUACCAGACUUGAGAAAAUACAAAAUCCAGCCACAGACCUAUCCAAGUCUUGGAAUGAUGGUGCCUUGCAUUAUUCAAAGUGUGUAUCACCAUGUUGUUUUGAUCUUCCCGGUGACAUUUCUGCACUGGUACUGGAGACCCAUGGAUCUACCAGUGGUAGCUCCAGAGCUGCCUGAAGUCCUGCUGCAAGUAGCAGUUUGUCUGCUGCUAUUUGAUUUCGAGUACUUCCUGUGGCAUUUGCUUCAUCACAGGGUGCCUUGGCUCUACAAGACCUUCCACAAGGUGCAUCACAAGCACGUGUCGACGUUUGCACUUACUACUCAGUAUUCCAGCGUGUGGGAGUUGCUGUCACUGGGAUUUUUUGCUGCUAUAAACCCACUGCUCCUGGGAUGCCAUCCUUUGACGGAAAUGAUUUUCUUCCUUGUAAACAUUGGUUUGUCAGUGGAGGACCAUUCUGGAUAUGACCUCCCAUGGUCAACUCACCGACUUGUGCCUUUUGGAUUGUAUGGAGGAGCACCACAUCAUGAUCUCCACCAUCUGAAAUUCAAAUCAAACUAUGCUCCUUACUUCACACACUGGGACAAACUCUUUGGGACAUUCACGGAGUCACAUUCUAAUUAAGAAUAUUUACCUGUGGAUGAACUCUUAUUUUUAAUAGACUAAAAAAAUGGGACAUUAUUUUUUUAAAGAGAUAAAGAAGAUUGUAUAUUUGAAGCUGCCUACAAAAGCAAUAGCUAUUUAUAACAAAUCCUUUUAAUAUAUUUGUGUAUUUGUGUGUGUACUUGGAACUGCCUGUGUUAAAUGACUGCAAAUGGAAAAGUGACUAUCUGUUGCUUAAAUUUGAGUCUAAGGUUUAAGGGAAGCAUUAAGAGACAUUCUUUCUCCUUUCCUUCUUUUCAGCUUUCAUAAAGCAUCUAUCAUGUUACUGUAUGAUGUUUUAUACAUACGCCAGAACAUUAUCUUACUGUUGUAGGAUGAUUUAUGAUGUAAACAGAAAAAGUACACAUCAUGGAUUUUGUGGAGUUUAAUCUGCCAGAAAAAAUUGUUAUGCAAUGAUUUUGCAAAAUAUUGCUGUCAAGUCAGGGUGGUUGGCUAACUGUUAAAUGAUUUUGAUAUUUAUAUUUUUUACCUUGAUGUACUGUCUCUUUCUAAUAGAGAAUAAAUAUGCUCAUUCUUUUAAAAUCA